AAAACCCAUCCAAUCCACCCCCACCAGCUACACCUUCAAAUAUAAACAGAAUUCCAGUGAAGUGGACGCGAAGUAACGAAGCUCCCUUCCCACGAUAUUUCUUUUGCUUCGCUCCCCAACUGGCCGUAUCACAUUCAGGCUAAUUGUAAUUUGUAAACCACCCUCUCCAUAACCCCUUGCCAGUCUUCCUCUUCUCAUAUAUCCUGGUUAACAGGGUUCACUCGUUGCCUACUUUCGAUAUUGGUUCCCUCUUUCAUUUCUCUGCCAAAGGUGAUGAGCAUGGACGGUGAAGGGGGAGUUGUGAUGAUCAAGAGGGCAGAAAUCGAUACGAGGGCACCCUUCAGGUCUGUCAGAGAGGCCGUUGCCUUGUUCGGAGAGAAAGUUUUAGCUGGUGAACUUUAUUCCGCCAAGCUCAAGGAGAUGCAUGGUGAAGCGAGUGGAACUGGUCCUUCCAGGCUGGGAACUGUGGCAGCUGAGCUCGAGGAGACAAAACAUAACCUUCAAAAGGCCAGAGAAGAAAGUAUGCUUAUGGCGAAUUGCCUCUCUUCUCUUAAAGAAGAGCUUGAACAAACAAAGAGGGAGCUCCAGCAAAUGAAGGAACGAGAAUCCGAGAAACUGAUGAUGGAGUUUGAGAUUGAAGAUGUCAAGAUUGUCUCAGACUCCACAAAAUUCGAAGUCAAGAAAACACAAACAUCUAAUGAAGAAGGAACAGAGUUUCAAAAGAAGAGAUACGUGACAUUCGCAAAUCCACCUUCUUUGGCUCAAGUCAUUGUUCCACAAGGUGUCGAGAAACUCGAGAGACACCCUUCACUCAGAAAGAAGAAGAAGAAGCCAUUGAUCCCUCUGAUUGGAGGCAUAUUUUCCAAGAAAAAAGGAAGCCCAGAAGUUGCAUUGCCGAGAAGUCCCUGAAUUAAUUCCAUAGUUCGAACAUAAUACUUUCAGUUCCAACAAAUAAUUAUCAACUGAAUUUUACUCGUUCUUUUUGUCAAGUUCCAUAUUUCUUUUCAGUUUCUUUUGUAUGCACUUCUAGCAGCACACCGCAUAAGCAGGCUGUGGAUGUUUUAUGAGAGAGUCGUGAAAUAAAGUUCACACAGAUCAUUUCAUUUUCUA